ACAGAAAAUAAAAAGAGGGGCAGUGGUUUAGCAUAUGACAUCAUCCAUAGUUUUUUAAAUAAACCUCAGGCCAUGGUUCUUCAUUGGUUCCUAGCUGGAUAAAUCGAUUUUUUUGGGGGGGAGGGGGUGCUUCUGCAAUUUCACCCUCGCUCGACUAUGUGGUAACGCCACUCAUUCGAUUCUAAAGAUACUAAAGAGGGAUGCACGCCGUUUGAACAAGUCAAUUGAAACUACAGCGUCAGUGCGAAGCUUGCCAGUGAAGGGAGCCAGUUGCACGUUUGAUUGUUUGUCCUCUACGUUUAUAACCUCCGCACCGAUAUAUUUGGUCUGUUUUUGUUCAGCCAGCGAGGAAGUAGCCUUCAAAAAAAGGAGUCGCCUACAACGGUACCUGAGAAUUUGUGGGGGGGAAACGCUGCGAAGCGUACCUCGACAUUCUUACGAUCCUUGAGGUUGUUGAGGACGUUGGCUCCACUCCGGGUUCAGUGUGUUUGUGAGCCGCUGGAUCCGGUGAGUGAGACCGUUGCCGGGCCUACAAGGGAUGAAACCGGAUGGGGUUGCCAUGGAGCCCACAGAAGCCGUAGGAGCCGAGCCCUCGGCCCAGGGGAUGGCCACCGACGAGAUGCCCGCCCAGCCAGCUCCUUCCACUUCCCCGUCCUCUCCAUUACAGCCUGAAGACGACCAAAACAGCGCAGCAGCCCCCUGAAAACCCCACAGCACCCCCUGCAUCCAAGGAGGUCAAUGGGGCCAAGGGCAAGGCAGCAGCUGACCCCAAACCCAAGGCUAAGACAGUGGGCUUGGCUAAACCACGGCCAGGCACAGCUGGAACCAAGACCGCAACGGGUCCGGCAUCAGGACCCAGCACCUCUCGUCCGGGCACAGCCCCAAGCCACAUGGCCAAUGGAUUAAAGUCCUCGGCCAGUGACCUGGCCAAGAAAGCUGCGUUGGACAAAAAGAGAACCACCACUAUAGCUGGAGCACUGGCUGCAGCCACAAAGAGGUCCGUGGCCUCUACUGUCAGGACCCAAACUAAAGUAGCUGUCCGAGUCCCCAGCUCCACCUCUGCUACCAGGCCAACCAACGCUACAUGGACUGCGGCGACGGGGCCUGGCACUCCAACGAGGAGACCUCCAGCUGCUGGGCCCAUUAAUGGGGCUGGGGCCAGACCCAAAACCACAGCUUCCAGACAUGCUGCCCCCAAGCCUCCCAGCACUUCAGCUGCGGCCAAGCCCGAUAGGACACUGGUUUCCAAGACAACCAGGCCUGCCACUGGUCACACUGGAUUGUUAAUGGGCACAUCCAAGCCAACCGCUGCCGGCUCCAGCAGACCUGCAGCUUCCAGAGUCGGUACCACAGCCCCCUCUACUGGCAGGACUACCACAGCGCAGGCACCCAAACCUACAGGCCCUGCCAAGAAAGAUGUCAGCAGACCAGCAACCACUACCGCAGCCAGAAAGCCGGUAACAACUACCAAAAUGACCAAACCUGACCCCCCCUAAAGCGACUGCAGCCUCCAGACCCGAGCCCGCCUCCAAAAGGCCCCAUCCCACCAAGGCGGCAGAC